CAAGCGGCAAUUUUGCAUGUCAAGGGCGUUUAUGGUCUACAUUGGUCUGUAGUUGUGACAUGAAGGCUUGGAAGCUACAAGAAUGCAUCGCCCAUUCUCCAGGCGCAGUUACUGCUGCGAAUUUAGGCCGUAAAUCUGGUCGAGUAAUGGCCACUGGAGGAGAAGAUCGCCGACUGAAACUUUGGGCUGUAGGAAAACCUACUUGUAUCUUAAGUUUGACGGGGCAUACAUCAUCUAUUGAAGCUUCUGAAUUUAGUCAAGAAGAAGAUCGAGUAGCUGCCGGAUCUUUAUCGGGUUCUGUCCGUAUUUGGGAUUUGGAGGAAGUUAAAAUUGUUCGAGCCUUGUCUGGCCAUACAUCAGCCAUCAAAACCUUAGAUUUUCACCCAUAUGGUAAUUUUGUAGCCUCAGGUUCUAUGGAUACCCUUGUAAAGCUCUGGGAUGUGUCUCGUAAAGGCUGCAUUAACACUUACCGGGGUCAUACAGGUUCCGUUAACAUGAUUCGCUUUUCUCCUGAUGGGAAAUGGAUUGUUUCUGCUGGAGAGGAUGGAAUAAUUAAACUUUGGGAUUUAUCAGCUGGUCGGCAAUUAGCCGAAUUAGUCGGUCAUACUGGUCCUGUUGUGGCAGUUACAUUUCAUCCUACAGUUCUUCUGCUUGCAACUGCCUCGGCUGAUCAUACUGUCCGUUUGUAUGACUUGGAAACUUUUACACAAGUUGCAGUCACCGGACCAGAGUUGAACUCCACUAAUGUGAGGCGUAUCGCAUUUCAUCCAGACGGCGUGUGUUUGUAUGUGGCUACAAAUGAUUAUCUCAGAAUAUAUGAUUACGAAAAUAUGUCUUGCCUAGAAACUGUGCACGUUGGUUGGCGUGCUGGUGGGGGUCUGGAUGAUAUGGCUAUUGCUCCAAGCUUCAAUCAACUCGUUGGUGUUUGUAUUUCAAAUUCACUAAUUACCACUUAUGUGGUGGAUGUAAAGUCUUGCAUACCGUUCACAACAAAUUAUUCAGAUAAUAUAGUCGAGUCAAAUAAAAGCGUCUGUGGACAAUCAACGCAGAUGAUUACCACCAGUGUAAAUGCACCAUCCAGUAAAAACGAUAACAAUACUAAUAAUAAUCCUGCUGCUAUCCAUUCCGUACAGCAGAUAUGCAAUAGUAAUCCUGUUAAUCAUGUGCAAUGCAAUGAACGUCCAUUUACUCGUUGUGGUUCAUCUUCAUCAAGAGUUCUGAGUUCCGUAGGACGCAAAAGUUUCUGUCUUGUUGCUGAGGAAAAUCUUCAAAAUGUUAUGAGUGAGGAUCCUAAUGAUCCUGAUGCACAUUUACCUUACCAACCUACAACUGAAGAUAGUGAAUCGCUCAACUCAGCUGAUAUAACUGAUCCAGAUGAGUAUGAUAGGAUAUUUAAACCACACCACACAGUUCCACGUAGUCCUUCUCAAGUAAGGUCUAUGGCUUCUGGAAGAAAUGUGUCAAAUGAACAUGAAACUGACCCAAGCACUAGGCUAAAUUUCGAUCCCCCCUCUUCCUCACCAAACAUUGUGAAUCCAACACCUCGCGAAACAAAAUGUGUUCAGUCAAAUAUCUUAUCAGACACAUUCUCAUCUGAUAAACCAUUCACACCUCCAAGUACCACUUCAGCUUGCAUGCCUAGAAGACCUCAUCACACUUCUAUCUCACAAGCUCCUCGAAUAAUUUCGAAUUCGCCACAUCCACCUGAAGCAAUUGAAGUGGAGGAUUUUUUACCUCAAUCAUCACCGACUAUGAUGAACUUUUCAUUGAACCCAGUUCCACAGAAUAUAAAAAAGCCAACACACGAUAAACCUAGUAGCCUUUAUGAACCAUCAGAAGCUGAAUUGUUAUUGCGAAUUCGUAAACCUCAUGAUCCUUUCGUAAAGGUUAUGUCGUCACGUGUCAAAGGCUUAUCUACUGUUCGCGUAAUGUGGAGUCCAGAUAGUGUGAAAACAGCUGUUGAAUCUGCACUUAUGAUGAAUGAUGCUGCAAUUUUAGUCGAUGUACUUGGGAUAUUGGCAAACAACAGCAAAUAUUGGAGUUUGGAUCUAGUCAGCUUUCUUUUACCUCAGUUGGUAGAACUAAUUCACAGUAAAUAUACCACUCAUGUUCAAACAACUUGUCAAAUAGUUCGUGUAAUAAUCAAAAACUUUGCUACAGUGAUUCGCCAAACUAUCGAAGGUCCAGCUCCACCCGGUGUAGAUUUAAUGCGAGAAGAAAGACGUCGAAAAUGUCAAGAAUGCUUGUCCCAUUUACUUACGAUACGUUCAGCUCUUGGAACGAAAGAUGUAGCCAGUAAGGCUGGUCAAUGUGGUCGUGAAUUAAAUGUAAUGUUUCAGCUUCUGGUUUGAUUAUAUAUUCAACGAGGAAUGUUUUCCUGUAUAUUUCGAAAGCCAUUUCUACUGCGAUAAAUUAGUUUUAAAAAAAAAAAAAUUAAAAACGCUGUAAUCCGGUAAUACUGCAUUUCAAAGAUAAGAUUUAUACUUCACACAUUUCCUGUCUGUCACAUGUUUGAUAUUUUAUCAUUUAGUCUCUUUGUUUCAUUUACCCUGUUUGUACAUAUAUGGUAACUUCUAAGCUGCAUGUCGUUAAAAAAGGUAAUGUGAUAUUCAAUUACAGCUUCUUAUGCAUAAUUUUUUUUGUCAAAAUAAUUGUCAGAAAUCUUUUUGAGCUUAUCUUCAAGUCGUUUUUCUUUCCCUUCUCACUGUCUGUUUGUAUGCUUAAUUUGCUAGAAAAUGUAACAGCUUUGUGUCGUCAGCAUAUAAAAAUAUCACAUAUGCAAAGUAACUGUGUAUGAUAUUUGCCAUCCUGAAGACGUAUAUUAACCUUGUAUAAGCUCUACUCGAAUCCUACUAUCCGAGUCAGGGCUCAUAAAAACCAGUCAGUGAAUAUGAUUACUCCAAGUGGUGUUCGUUAAGGUUGGUCGCUUUCGGUAAUUUUCACAUGGUUCAUCUACCUAAAACUUAUUGUUGAGAGCCAUCUUGAAUUUACUGAGUUUAUGGUGAAGUUUCGUUCUCUAAGCUGGGUGGUUUGGUUGUGGAGCUUUAACUGUUAUGCUGAGUAACAUCAGCAAAAACUUUAGGUAGAAGUGAAUUGUUUGAAUUCCCACUCAUAAAACUCGUGAUUUCUCCUUCUGACAUCGAUAUUGACUGGUUGUUUUUGUUAUUAACAAUUUGUUGUCUUCCUCUUUAUUUAGAUUGUAUGCCCCAUCGAUCUGAUUCCUGAUCACAUAUUUGUUUACUAUUUUUCUGGUUUGUAAAUAAUUUAAAUCGACUUCGGUGAA